AUGGUGAUUGCUGGUGUGACCGAUUACUCGCCAAUGCGCGCUGGCGCUGCGUCGGUUGUACUCGAAAGGCUGUCGUUUGCCUCAGGAGCGGGGACCGUGGCGACGGGCUCCCCGCCGCUGUCUGCUCCGACGCCCGGCCUAGUAGCCGCUGAAAAGACUCCUCUCCUCGAAUCCGCACGCCCUCUUGUCGCGAACGGGGUUGAGCCGUCUGCGCCGAUUGUUGCUCCUCCCGCUCCGCCUGUCGCGCCUGCUCCCCCUGUCCUCCCUGUUCCUGCUGUGCCCCUGGCGACAUCUGCUCCUGCCGGAGAGGCCGCCGUUCCUCCUGUCCCUGUGCCUGGCGCUCCCGUUGCACCUGCCGUUGCUGUCCCCGACGUGCCUGCGCCGGCGUCUGCUUCAUCGCCGAGGGCGGCGUCCGCCACCACUGGCGGCCCGGCCUCGGUGGUUGCUCCUCCGGGCGCGGAUCAGCAUCCUCCCGUUCCACCGCCGGCGGCUCCUGUUGUUCAGCCGUCUCGUCCCCAGUCGCCUGACCGCCGUUUGUCCCGGCCCCAUUCUCCAGCGCCCCAGCAGGAGCGCGAGACGUCGCGGCGCCGGCGUAACUCCCCCCGGCGCUACCAGCAGCAGGCCCCGUGGCCAGCUCACCCAGGUGGCAAUGGGGGUUGGCGGGGUCCCCAGGGGCGCAGUGGAGGCGGGAGGUAUCGUCCGCCCGUGACGCUGGCGGACCUCCAGCGGGAAGUGUCGCGGGAGGUGUCGCGCGCCGUGCGCCAGGGGAGGGCAGCGCCGAGCCAGAGCAGUUCGCUGCGGGCUGCUCCGGAGCACGUGGCUCCCCGUUCGCCUGUCCCUCCUGAGGUCCCUCCGCCGGCUGCUGCUCCUCCUCCUCUCGUCCCUGCCCCGUCCGCUCCUUCUCCUUCCGUAGCGGCGCCGGCUCCCGGCUCCCGCCUGCAUCUGCCGCCGGUUCCGCCUGUCGCAGGGGUAGAGUUCGUGGCAGCUGGUGGUGGCGCGGCAGCGACUCAGUAUGCAGCUGAUGAGCCGCUCCAGUUCCUGGCGGCGGCUCUACAGCCUCCAAAGACGCGCGUUCCUGAGACAACGCUUGGUCAGCUCCACCGUCUCGCAGAGAGCCUGCACGCUCUGCUUCUAAUUCAGGUGCUUGCGCACUCAUCUCUCCCUGCUGUCCCCCCCGAGUCCUUUCGCAGCCACCAGCGUGACCCGUGCCUCGACGCGGCUGACCAGCUCGCGGUGCUGCUGGCGCCCGUGCUGGCUGCGCCCGCGGAGGGAGGCGCUGCUGCCGCGGGACAGCUUGGCGAGGCUGUCCGUGGACUGCGGCGACACUUGCACGCAGGAUCUGGAGCCGCGGCGAUCGGCGCAAGCACGCUUGUGGUCCGGGAGCUUUGGCGCUCCCUGACGGGCAUUCUUCAUGCCCUUGGAGCUCACCGCAUGUAG